UAUUAUUUUGUAGUACGCUUUUAAUAUUAUUAGCAAAUUAAAAAAAAAUAUUCAAGGAUAUGUUUUUAAUAAUAAAAUAGUCUUUACACUUGAUAGUUUGCGUAUAUCGUGUAGUCUAUUAAGUUAUGCACCCUUAUGAAUUUAAGUUUUACCGCAAGUAAUGGUGACGAAGUUGACUAGAGUGAAGUUAGUACGCAUGCGUACAUCAGUUACGCGCACUGCGCUUGCGCGUUUGACGUAUUUACACGGCGGUGGUGUAGUCAAGAUCCGAUUAGCAACUAUCUUUACUUGUGUUUGUUCCGUGCAAAAGCAAUGUGGAAAGUGGUUGUUAAGUUUAUUUCUUAGUACCUUGUACCCUUUUUGACUUAGAAAUCAAUGAAAGACGCAAAAUGUGAGGUGAUUUACCCAGUGUCAAGUGAAUUGUGAUGAAGGAAGCUGAUAAAAGAUAGUGCGUUUUUUUUUUUUUAAAUCGAACAUUCAUAAAGGAUACAUUGGGAAAAGAAAAUGCGGAUCAAGACUUAUACAGAUUUUCGCUCCACUGGGCCACCGCCACGGCUCGGGCUGAAGGCGGCCAGCCCCGGCGUCACCGACGAAGAUUGCAACAGCAACACAAGUCUCGCCGGCAGCCAGCACUCGACCCACGAUGAACUCGACGCGCAUUGCGAUAAUUCGGGAUACCUCUGGCUACUCGAUUACAAUCCGAUGUUCCGAGACGGCUCGUGCCACCACAUCUCAGUACUGUCCUCCGUUUCCGCCUCGUACAAGGGCAUAAGCGACCUAGCGUCCCGCUUCGAGUUCACGUCCCGCUACAAAGACAUCGCGCGGGAUCUGGAUGCGAACCUCGCUGAAGCAGACAUGGAAAGCUUCAAGACGGAAGACAUCCACGCCCUGCUCAUGACCGACCUUCCUCAUGACGCACUCAUUGACGAUAUAGCACACGACAGUAACCCUCAAGGCGAGAUGUUUGCGAGUAUCUCGAGUUCACUGUUGGAAAAAUUUCGGUUCGACAGUUCUAUCAGUGCUGGCAGUAGUUUGCAGGGUGAAGAAUCCGUCGGUUCUAUCAAUACGAUGUCAAUAUGUAAAUCGGAGCUGCUGUUCUCUCCGGUGAAGGAAGGCGCGCAUGGCGUCCACUUCAGCGUUGAUAGCCUCGACUGUGAGCUGCCCACUGAGCAGGAUCUCAUCCUCACUUGUCAGGCUAACAAGGAUAACUACACCAUCGCCUUCGAGGGCAGUCUCACCAUUUACUCUGAGGAUAGUGAGUGUGCUGAACCCGCCGUCAGUCAAAUACGUGACAAACAGGUUAAUGAAGACUUAAAUUUAGCAUUAGAUAGUGAUGAACGAACGCGCAGGAAUUUAGAAUUAUUAGAAAGGUGUAAAAAAUUAACAAAUAAGCUAACAACGUCUAUGGCUAGGAGUGAUUUAGGUUUAACUACCUGGAGUAAACUUAAGAAACAAACCGUACAAUCGCCAUUAAAGAGGCAUCCAUCUGGUAAUAAUAAUGAAGAUUCAAAUGAACCGACGGAUACCACGAAUGACAUAAACAACUCUGUUAUUAAAAGUCAAAGCUUACCAAAUUUAUACAGAAGAAAAUUACUAAGCAGUUCCAUCAAUUCCGCAGCAUUAAGCAAUUCGACGGUCGACUCUUUUACAACUAACCAGAGGCUAAUUGGAACGUCAACGUGUAUGAAAGUGUACGAUGUCUCACAAAACCGAUCCCAUUGUAGUCAACAUUCAGAACCUAUGAGUACGUCGUCAACUGAAAACCAAACCUCAUCAGACAAAAGUCAAAAACAACAAUCGUUUAACUUGGUGAAAUUGUUUAUGAAGCAAAAGAGCUUUAGUAACGAGGGCAUCGUUGGUAUGGAUCAACUAGAUCGCUCAGAAUGUUGGCCGUCUAGCUCGGGUGGAGAAAGUGGCGAAUCAAUGAGCGAACAAAAAGUUGGAACUUUAAAAACUAUGCCUUCAGAAAGACCGCAGGUUGAACUACCACCUGAAGCUUACGAAGAAACGUCUUCGGCCGUCUAUGAAGAAAUUAGGUCGUCUAAUCCUUAUAACAGAGUAUAUGAUGAAGUGCUUAUUGAAGAGGAAGAAAUGGAGGGGUCAAAGUCUAGUGAUAAUGAAUCUCAUCUUUAUGCCGUAGUUAAUAAGCCCCAUAUAAAAAGAACCAACAUAAACAUUUCAAACAGUCCCUCAAAGUUAAGAAGUAAUAGAAAGUCAUGUUCCUCCCAAUCUUCUGCUACCAGUGUGAGUAUCUCUAGUUGUUCUGAAUCUGAUGGUACGCAAAUCACUAAAAUGAAUCGAGUUUUACAACGGGAAUCAUGUGACACAAAGGCUACGUCAACUCAUCUAGAAGUGGAUAAAUCAGACAAAAGCAUGCAAACAUCAAGUUUGCAAAUUUCUGGGAUGUGUCGUGAUCGUGAAAUAUUUAAAGUCAUCGAGCCAUCAUUCCUUGAAAAAUUGAAAGAAGGAGAUUGUGAAAAACCAGUUUUUAUACUUUAUCCUAAUUAUACUCUACCAGACAUAAGCUUUUUAAAUGGUAGACCAAACAUAUAUUUAAAUCCAGUCAAAGUUAAUAUAUCACCUAAGCCAAAUGAAAGUAAAAGAGGUAAAUUGCAAGGAAAAGGCAAACGUCCGUUUUCAUGUAACGACGUUGAAAUGUUGAAGAAAAAAGGCCUCGGACAUAUAAAGGAUUGGGACUCAUUAAACUUUUUACUACCACAAGAAUGUAAACAACUUUUGUCAGAAGUGCCUGAAUUAAUGCAACAUAUGAAAGACAAAGAGACAUCAUCAAAAUGCGAUAAAUAUUGCAAUACGACCCCGUCGUCUAAACAAAAAAAUCGGCCAACUAGUUGUGAUUGCAAUAACUUGACAGGCCACCCUACUGCUGUGUCGUCAAGUUCGAGCACUGCUACUCAACCGUCUUCGGGAUACAGAGGAUCUUCUACUAUGUUAACAGAUUCCUCGGCUCAAAAUAGUCCAGCCCCGACAGGAACUUUCAACCCCUUAUUUGUGUAUCGUUAUGAUAGCGCCACAAGUUCUGAGGCUAGUUGCGCUAAUAAUGAAGGUCAACGUAUACCUUUUACGUUACCUAAGCGCUCGCUGUCUAUUGCUGAUCAAAACAGACUCAUGAAACAAGGAGAAUUUGCCCCUCCAAGACCACCCUUGCCGAAAAGUAUAUUACGUAAAUCCGUUGAUAAAACUAGAAAGUCUAGUGCACACACAAAACGAUACAGCAUGUUCGAAUUAGAUGAAUUUAUUCAAGAUCCAAUAGUUUGUGCAACAGCAACCGUAGAACAAAAGACUAAGAGAAGAUCUCUCCAAGAACCUUACUAUCUACAGAAUCAAACAAACUUAGAUUAUAGAAAAAAUAAUGAUUUAGCUGCAAAAAGAUUGUCCCAACAAUUUCUCGAUGCAGCCGAGAAAGAUGCAGAUUAUAACGAAUAUUAUCAGGACGAAGGAGUUGGAACAGAGAGCAGUCUAGAAUCGGGGAAAUCUAAUGAAAUGAAGUUCCAUCGACCACACACGCCACCACUACCUAAACCGAGAACGAAAAAAAUAGAAUAUAUUGAUUUCCCACCUCCCGGCGCACUCAUUAGCAGUGCUGAUUUACAACAGCUAGAAGAAUUUCUUAAACAAAGCGGUAUCACCUGCCAGAACAUGGAUGAAUGGGAUCAAAAUCAAGUUCAAAAGGGCAAAAACUUGGCCGAAAUACCAAUUUGCGAAGAAGGUGAAGUGAGUCCCGAUGAAUUUUUAAGUCCGACGAACGAAGGAAGACAAAAAUAUGAUCUAAUUGAUAUGUCUCAAAAGAGAGCUUUAGUCUCGAAUGUAACGGAUGCGGUUGAAAUGCUAAUUCAACAUUUUUCAUCUGCAACUGACCAAGCAGAGUUAGCUUUCUUGGGAGACUCUAAACAAUCGCCAGCGUGUGCUAAGAUCGCUCUAAACGCGUUAUGCCCCGCAUUGUAUGCUAUAUUUAGAGAUGGCCUAAAAGAAAACAUUGAAACUUCUUUUGGGGCUGUUAACAAUUCUGUUUGGCAAAUGGUCGAAGCCACUGCUAGACAAGGUCCCAUAACAAAAUCUCUAAACGAAUUAGUUUUGAGAAUAAAUAGCGAAGACGCGGUCACAGAAGGGCUUGUUAAAUUCAAUGCAUUCAUUUUAGGUCUAUUAAACGCACAGUCAAUAGACGCGUGGGUCUCAUACGUACGUACUAGAGAGUCGAUACUCUCGAAACACUACGAUCCCGACUCGCUCAUCUUAGCAGGUUGCGUGGGCGAAUCUAGGUGUAGGGCGCUCUUAGACACCCUGCUCGCUAGCCUCGAACCCCUCAAACUGUUGCCUUUCAACCUAGACCUCAUGUUCGAAAUGCGGGAACUACAUAGAAGCUUCAAGAAAAUCGAGAGCGACAUGCGGGCUGCCAGUCGGCUGGAUACUAGCGGUGAAGAACAAUGGCGACCUGGAUCAGCAAACAGCAGCGCUAGUGGACAAACGGGCAGUAAUAAUUCCGGAGGGAAAUUCCGGCGUUUACAACUUAAAUGGGAAAUGUUGAGCAACGCCGAGAGUCCCGUCACGCCUACCGGAGAAACGUCACCGGCGACGGCGAGAGGGUCCAAGAUCCCAAGGCCAGUGUCUUCGCCGGUUCGUCCCCAAGCUCCCGCUAUACAGUCACCAGCUAAGAACACACACAGAGGCAUCCCAGUACCGGUGCGUAAGAGUUCCUCCCCUACGGCCGCGGCACCGCGCGCUACUGCCGGAAGAACUAACAUCACCAGCAAAAAACCUCCUCAACCGGCUAACAGAGUUAUACCCGAGAAGCCAGCAAGGAAACACAUGGAAAAGGCACGAGUACCGAAUGUCGCUGUUAAAAACACGAUCGGUGCUAAGAGAACGCCGCUAAGAGCCCAGACGAACCCUCUGCUCGGUGGAGCAAUAACGAGCGCCGUGCGCAGGGCGUCCCGCGUGGACGGCGCGCGCGGCGGCGGCGCCCCGCGGCCCGCGUCGCUGCCGCACGGGCGCGCCGCGCCGCCGCCCGCAUACGUAAGAACACUUUGGCACAGAUUGCCGUCAGACUCCGGUCACCUGGCAUUCAACGAAGGCGAUCGAUUAAGACUGAUCCUCGAAGUGGACGACCAGUACCUGUUGUGUUGUAGAGGUGAUCAGAAAGGCUUAGUACCACGCGAUGCCGUACUGCUAGAAGACUUUUGA